AAAAUUGAUGAAAUUAAACCAACUCUCACUCUCACCAACACCAACCAGCCACCACCAAACACCGCAUCGCAUCGCUGACUUCGAAUUUUCCGAUGGCUUCCAUUUCAAAGCUCACAACGCCAACACCAAACCCAGCCUUAUCACAAUCGCUUCGAACCCGAUCUUCUCAGAACUGCUUCCUCGCUUUCCAGCUACCUUCCUCAACCAAUUUCAAAACCAACCUCUCCGCUUCCUUCUUUGCCCCUCGCUCCCACCCUCUUCAAAACACUUUGCGGAUUAGAUGCUCCCAAACAGGUGGAAAUGGAAGUCCUGCAAAGAGGACAACACUUCAUGAUCUUUAUGAGAAAGAAGGGCAGAGUCCAUGGUAUGAUAAUCUCUGCCGACCCGUUACGGAUCUGAUUCCUCUUAUUGAGAGUGGUGUUAGAGGAGUCACUAGCAACCCUGCGAUCUUUCAGAAAGCUAUCUCUACUUCAAAUGCUUACAAUGAUCAGUUCAGGGAACUUGUGCAAGCAGGGAAAGACAUUGAGAGUGCAUAUUGGGAACUUGUAGUGAAAGACAUUCAAGAUGCUUGCAAACUAUUUGAAUCAAUCUAUGAUGAAACAGAUGGUUCUGAUGGCUAUGUUUCUGUUGAAGUUUCUCCUAGGCUCGCUGAUGAUACCGAAGGAACCAUAGAAGCUGCAAAAUGGCUCCAUAAAGUGGUUGCUCGCCCCAAUGCGUAUAUUAAGAUACCAGCUACUGCUGCAUGUGUCCCUUCAAUUAAGGAAGUUAUUGCUAAUGGGAUAAGUGUGAAUGUGACUCUGAUAUUCUCUCUUGAAAGAUAUGAAGCUGUAAUUGAUGCUUACAUUGAAGGUCUUGAGGCAUCUGGGCUAAAUGACCUCUCCAGAGUCACCAGUGUUGCCUCUUUCUUUGUCAGUCGUGUAGACACUCUCAUUGACAAGAUCCUUGAGAAAAUUGGCACACCAGAGGCCCUUAAUCUACGUGGCAAGGCAGCAGUAGCCCAAGCAGCUCUGGCUUACCAGCUCUACCAAAGGAAAUUUUCUGGUCCAAGGUGGGAAGCUCUAGUUAAAAAAGGGGCCAAGAAGCAAAGGCUGCUCUGGGCCUCCACCAGUGUCAAGAAUCCUGCCUAUCCUGACACCUUAUAUGUUGCUCCUCUUAUUGGACCUGACACGGUUUCAACCAUGCCGGACCAAGCGCUUCAAGCGUUUAUCGAUCAUGGUACUGUAUCCAGGACAAUAGACUCAAAUGCAUCUGAAGCUGAAGGAAUAUACAACGCUCUCCAGAAAGUGGGUGUUGACUGGAGCUUUGUUGGUUCCCAGCUUGAACUUGAAGGAGUGGAAUCAUUUAAGAAGAGCUUUGAUAGCCUCCUGGAUUCCCUGCAAGAGAAAGCUAACUCUCUUAAGUUGGUCAGUCUCUGAAGUGAGAAUGUUAUAGUGAGUAAUGUUUUAUAUGGUGCCAUUUAUGGAUUAAUAAAAGACAUUGGCUGUGAGUUAUGUCAUAAGUGUGGUGCCAUUCAUGGGAUCAUUUAAACGAUGGUGAAACAUUAUAAAUUGGACAUUGUCCGCUUCGAAGCGUUUUGUUUCGUCCCAUAUAUCAUUAUGCGGUUUUAGAAGAA